AUGCCCAACAUCCAUAUCUUCACCCUGACGCUCGAGGCGGGCGAGACCGAGCAGAUAAGGUCGAAAGGAUGGUGCAAUUGGCUUGGCAGCUGCCACUCAACCCGAAUAUCAGCAGCGGGUGGCAUCCCGUGUCUCCGGAAUCCGCAGUUCAGCGGACAACGGCAACAAAUACAUCGACAGGCUAUUAGCGACAACGCAUACGUGGACUAUUCAGUGGAAGCAAAGCAAACAGUGGGCCCGAAAAGUAUCCCUAAGAUGGCAUCAUGGCUGUUGCGCCGAGAUGGGGCUUGUUAG